AUGAAUAUAGUAAAUUCAAAAAUAUUAAUUAAAAUUAUUUUUAUAUUUAUUUGUUUGAUUAUAGUUUGUAAUGCUUUUUAUGGAGGGGAUUGUGGGUGUUGCUGUGAUUGUUGUUGUGACUGUUGUUGUGGUUGUUGUACAACAAUGUUAGCCAUUCCCUGUUGUUGUUCAUAUAAUUCAUUUGGAUGUUAUGGUGGAGCUAUUUAUGGAAGAAGGCGUAGACGAAGCUUAGAAAAUCGUUUAAAAUUUAAUAAAAGAUGCACAAAUGAAUUAAUUAAAAAUAAAAAGUGUUCUAAACGUUUUACAAUGGAAAUGAUUGAAAGAUUGCGAGUACAAUCUGGACAAAGACAGAAAAGGGGUAUUGAAAGGAAUCAACAAAAAUUAGAUUUUCUUAAAAAAUUAUUAAAUAAAUAA